GCUAGGCAAAAAGCAUGAUCGCAAUGGCUGCUCACAUGUAAAAUGACGCAAACACGUUAUGAUAUGAAAGCUGGAGUAAGAGUAAGGAACCUGUCGGGUAAAAUUAAUACCUCACCAAAAAACCACGUCAACAGACGCAAUGGCAAGUUGUCUUCAUCCAGCAAAUAUUGGAACAAUCUACACAUCCUCUCACGCGAUGCGGGCCAGGAGCCAUCUGUUUCACGGCAUGGAAGUCUAUAAAACUAACAGAGGCUCUGUUGGAAAUUAAACCGUUCCUCAUCGGACGCCAUGGGCAAGAUGAAUCGCCUCUUGGUUCUGCUUCUAGCGGUGUGCAUCGCUGGAAAUGCUUGUGCCUUUGCCAAUGAUGACGAGCACAACAUAAAAAAAGAAAAGAACAUUCCAGAUGAAGCUGUGAUCCGGAAGAACCGCGCCCAUACUCGAACUGUAUAUGUAAGUGCAGAGAGUAAUUACACCAUAACCUCUACCAACUACCCGAGCAACUAUCCCAACAACGCUGAUGACAUCUGGUAUCUUCAGACUGACAAAGGUCGAAUCAUCCAGCUCACAUUCGUUUCCUUUCGACUCGAGUCUGGGUACGACAACCUGAAGGGGGGCGAUGGUGAAGACGCAUCCACAGCGCAGCUCUUUUCCCUAUCUGGGACUGGCGUGAUACCAACAGACAAGGUUUCAUCAGGAAACAAGAUGUGGCUGAGGUUCACUUCAGACAGCAGUGUCACCUAUCAAGGGUUUUAUAUUGUUGCCCUAAGCGUCUCAAUGACGGACUCCACCACUGAACCAUCCUACCAAGGCUGUAGUUCAUAUCAGUGGCGAUGCUACUACAACGGCCAAUGUAUUCAAGACUACCAUAGAUGCAACGGAUACUCUGACUGCUACAAUGGCGAAGAUGAAUACAACUGUUACGACUACACCACUGAACCAUCCUACUACGGCUGCAGAUCAUAUGAGUGGCGAUGCUACUACAACGGCCAAUGUAUUCAAGACUACCAAAGAUGCAACGGAUACUCGGACUGCUACUAUGGCGAAGACGAAUACAACUGUUACGUAAACACCGUUGCUCCCACUGUAGACGUCAAUCCACCCUCCCCCGUGGUGCGACUAGUGAAUGGCGGCACCAUCUAUGAAGGCAGAGUGGAGGUAUUUGUCAACGGAGACUGGGGAACGGUGUGUGAUGAUACCUGGGCAUGGGACAUGAACGAUGCUGAGGUCAUCUGCAGACAGCUUGGCAAUGGACCGGCCGUUAGUGCCCUGCGUCGUGCUCAGUAUGGUCAGGGUACUGUUGGCCCUAUUCACAUUAAAAAUGUCCAAUGCAACGGAUCAGAAAGCUCUAUUCUCGAUUGCCCAUCGGACAGCUGUGCCCCUGGUGAUUGCAGCCAUGACUAUGAUGUUGGUGUUGAAUGUUCAGUUCCAGUUCGUCUCGUUAGUGGAGCCUCUUUUAACGAGGGUCGAGUUGAGGUUUACCACGAAGGCGAGUGGGGUACAGUCUGCGAUGAUGGAUGGGACCAGAAUAACGCUGAGGUUGUCUGUCACAUGCUUGGUUUCCAUUCGGCAUCCAGUGCUUGGAGCAAUGCUCACUUCGGCCAAGGAUCAGGUCGGAUCAUGCUUGACGAUGUUAGCUGCCAAGGGAAUGAAUCUAGCCUAGCUAAAUGCCAACAUCAUGGCUGGUUUAGUCAUAACUGUGGGCAUAGCGAGGACGCCGGAGUUACUUGUUUCAUUUCAGUUCGUCUCGUUGAUGGAAGCUCUUAUAACGAGGGUCGUGUUGAGGUUUACCACGAAGGCGAGUGGGGUACAGUCUGCGAUGAUGAUUGGGACCAGCGUGAUGCCCUGGUCGUCUGUCGCAUGCUUGGUUUUUAUUAUGGCGAAUAUGCCUUGGGCAAUGCUCUCUUCGGCCAAGGAUCAGGUCGGAUCAUGCUCGACAAUGUGAACUGCCAAGGACAUGAAUCUAGCAUAGAUGAAUGCCAACAUCAUGGCUGGUUAAGUCAUAACUGUGGGCAUAGCGAAGACGCUGGAGUUUAUUGUGCCAUCGGACUUCGUGUCUUUGACGGCGGAUCUGUUAACGGGGGUCGAGUUGAGAUUUACCAUCAGGGCGAGUGGGGCACAAUCUGCGAUGAUGGAUGGGACAUUAAUGAUGCUAAUGUCAUCUGUCGCAUGGCUGGUUUCGCUUCGGCAUCACAUGCUUGGACCAAUUCUCACUUCGGCCAAGGAUGGCAGACACCGAUCAUGCUUGACGAUGUUAACUGCCAAGGAAAUGAAUCUAGCAUCUUUGAAUGCCAACAUAGUGGCUGGUUUAAUCAUGACUGUGGACCAAACCAGGAGGUUGGAGUUACUUGUAACACUGAAUGUAAAAGUUCGUCUCUGUGGCCAUGCUAUAACAACAGCAGAUGUAUUGAAGACUACCUAAGAUGCAACGGAUACUCAGACUGCUCACAAGGCGAAGAUGAAUACAACUGUGACGACGUCAAUCCACCCUCCCCCGUGGUGCGACUAGUGAAUGGCGGCACCAUCUAUGAAGGCAGAGUGGAGGUGUUUGUCAACGGAGACUGGGGAACGGUGUGUGAUGAUACCUGGGCAUGGGACAUGAACGAUGCUGAGGUCAUCUGCAGACAGCUUGGCUAUGGACCGGCCAUUAGUGCCCAACCUAGCACUACGUAUAGUCAGGGUGUUGGUCCUAUUCACCUCAAAAAUGUCCAAUGCAACGGAUCAGAAAGCUCUAUUCUCGAUUGCCCAUCGGACAGCUGUGCCCCUGGUGAUUGCAGCCAUGACUAUGAUGUUGGUGUUGAAUGUUCAGUUCCAGUUCGUCUCGUUAGUGGAGCAUCUUUUAACGAGGGUCGAGUUGAGGUUUACCACGAAGGCGAGUGGGGUACAGUCUGCGAUGAUGGAUGGGACCAGAAUAGUGCUGAGGUCGUCUGUCGCAUGCUUGGUUUCCAUUCGGCAUCCAAUGCUUGGAGUAAUGCUCACUUCGGGCAAGGAUCAGGUCGGAUCAUGCUCAACCAUGUGUACUGCCGAGGACAUGAAUCAAGCCUUGACGAUUGCAGUCACCCUGGCUGGUUUAGUCAUAACUGUGGGCAUGGGGAUGACGCCGGAGUUACUUGCUUCACUCUGCACCCUAAUACUGACAGUCCAUUCGACCACACCACUGAACCACCCUACUACGGCUGCAGAUCAUAUGAGUGGCGAUGCUACUACAACGGUCAGUGUAUUCAAGACUACCAAAGAUGCAACGGAUACUCAGACUGCUACUAUGGCGAAGAUGAAUACAACUGUUAUGGAAACACCGUUGCUCCCACUGUAGGCGUCAAUCCACCCUCCUCCGUGGUGCGACUAGUGAAUGGAUUCAAACAGUUUGAAGGCAGAGUGGAGGUGUUUGUCGACGGUUCCUGGGGAACGGUGUGUGAUGAUGGCUGGGACAUACGUGAUGCUGAGGUCAUCUGCAGGCAGCUUGGCUACGGACCAGCCAUUUUUGCCAUAGGUAAAGCAUUAUAUGGUCAGGGCGUUGGACCUAUUCACCUUAGACAUCUCCGCUGUGAAGGUUGGGAAAGCUCGCUUCUUGACUGUACAUCGGAUGCCUUUCCCCCUGGAAAUUGCAGCCACAGCGAAGAUGCUGCUGUUUUAUGCUCAGGCUGUAGUUCAUAUCAGUGGCGAUGCUACCAUAACGAUCAAUGUAUUCAAGACUACCAAAGAUGCAACGGAUACUCUGACUGCUACUAUGGCGAAGAUGAACACAACUGUUACAACGAAUACACAAUGGCACCACCACCUGCCUGCAAUGACUAUGAGUGGUUAUGCCAUUCCAGUCAUCAAUGUAUUCCCCACGACCAAAGAUGCAACGAAAACCCAGACUGUGACUAUGGCGAGGAUGAAUCAGACUGUAAUGACUUCUCAACUGAACCACCUGCUUGCACUGACUAUGAGUGGCGAUGCUAUUCCAAUGGCGAGUGUCUUCCCCAGUACCAAGUAUGUAACGGAUACUCUGACUGCUACUACGGCGAGGAUGAAUCCAACUGCAAUGACAUUUUCCACUGUGCUGACGGUGACGAAAUCCCCAUGAGGUAUACCUGCGAUCGCAUCAUUGACUGCCUCUAUGGGGAAGAUGAGUGGCAGAACUGCUACGAUAAUGAGGUCAAGAGGGACAACAUUGAGUCGUAUCCGCGACGGGUACAGCUUUUGUCAAAAGGGCAGAAGACUGAUGACCACGACCAGUAGACGUAUCAAGGAAACAGCCGUCGUCUUGAACUGAAACCAGAAAUGGAAUUGACUAUGGCACACCAAAUUCUGAUCUCCAUUUGAAUUUUUGUAGAAUUCGUUUUGGUUUUUUGAUUUUCAUUUUGUUCCUGUUUUCAUUUUCGUUUUUGUUCUUUUAACGUUUUUGUUCCAAGUUUAUUGAACACUAUAUUCAGGGUGAGUCCAAAAGAAAGCAAGCGCGGAUCACCUCUGUCCAAAAAUGGGUUUUCCAUAGAAAUUCAUAAAAAAAAGACGCGAACACUC